CAAAGUCCAACAAAGACCCUCUCGAUCCAAUCCAUAUAUCGCCUCAUCGCCUCGCAUCCUAUGUACAAGUGACCAAUAGCGGUUUACCAGGUUUCGAUUUUUGAUUGAAUUUCACCCAUUGUUAAAAGCUUGAAGCUAUUCUUAUUUCCUUAUGCCCUCGUACGGAUCUCUUCAUUCUCCAUCAUUGCGCAAAAUGGAACACUCCCGGGCAAGUUACGGCCGUAAAGGCAUGAAUAUGUCUAAUAUUAUUGGCGAUCCGUUCGCCCUAGCUACAAUUUCUAUCGCAGGGCUGGCAUGGGUCAUUUGCUUCAUUAGCUCAAUCAUUGCUCAGAUACAAUCAACGCCGGUUGAUGGUUACCCCCCAUACUCGUGGUUCGCGGUAGUUUUCAUGCUACCGUUAAUAAUUGGCAUCUUUAUUGUAGUUGCGUCCGAUGUUGUCCAAACAUACCAUGUAGCGAUUGUUGGCUAUUUGGCUUGUGGUUUAGUGGCUACCACUUCAUCUGUGAACGCAUUAGUCUACGAUCCUCAGGGAUCUAGGGAAGCUGCUGCGGCUGGGUUUAUUCUUCUGUCCAUGGUCAAUGUUGUUUGGAUUUUCUACUUCGGAUCUGCGCCAUCUGCUGUGCCACGUGCAUACAUUGACUCCUUCGCACUAGCUAAGGAGUCCACAAGCCGACAUGCCAUGAACGGUGGAUAUGGUGGUCGACCAGAAACCUCGACAUCUGUCCAACCGCCACAGAUGUAUACUUCCGCGCAACUAAACGGAUUCGAGAAUCCUUCUCCCGUUGGUGGUUUCAACGGCAAUGCUGUCCGAAACUCAGGUUCCGGUCCGGCAUUCCCUGCUACUGCCAACAAGACGCCACCACCAGCAGAACAGAACGAUCCCGAAAUUGCCGCCCCAACUGAAUACCCGUACAAGGCCAAGGCUAUUUACAGUUACGAAGCCAACCCCGACGAUGCGAAUGAAAUAUCAUUCGCCAAACACGAAGUUCUCGAAGUCAGCGAUGUCAGUGGCCGAUGGUGGCAAGCACGAAAAUCAAACGGUGAUACAGGAAUUGCUCCCAGCAACUACCUCAUAUUAUUAUGAGAAGGCUAGUGUACUUCUUGCGAAGUAUCUCGCUGUGAAUUUCCUCGGCCUAGGACCAAAAAAAAUACAAUGGAAUCCUUGAGUUGCCGGAUACACGGGCGAGAGGGCGAGGUUUGUAUUUUGAAUGGGUUUAGAAGAUGCGUACAAAACACAGGGCCAUGGACACGCUUUGGAGUAAAAUCGGGGUUACCACUAUCGGCGGAUGUAGCUAUUUUUGUGCUGUUUUUUCAAGGCUCGUGUUUUUUUACUAUUAUUCCAAUGAAGGCCGGCUUAUUGUUUAUUGUUUUUCUUCCUUUCCUACUUCUCUAUCCAUACCGUUACGGUGUGCGAUGCUAUUGCGGCGAAACUCCUUCGUUUUUCUGCUCUUAUUUUUUUUGGACUCGCGGUUAGCCACCGCCUGUCUUCUCCCAGCCUUUCAAAGCAUUAUAUACGCUCUCGGUUUUUGAAUCGGCGAGCAGGGCAAUCAACGGAGUCUUCUUGAAACGAAACGGGAUUUACGAACGUCACGCCCCAUUGGUUCACGGAUUCCAGGAGAAUAGGUACAACUCUGGUAUCAGUCAAUGAAAAGAGACCGUUAAAAGUACCUAAGGCCUCGAUUUUUAUUUAUGACCAGCUAAUCUAAUGCGAAAUUC